AUGACGAACGUUAAACCAGAAAUACCCAUUUUACAACUGCGGCGCCAUUGGCCGCGCCCACUGUCACCCGGCAGCAGUUGGGGAGGUCAGCCCCGCCCCUUCCUCUUUCUCUCCAAGCAGGCGGCGGUAGCGGCGGCUUGUUCAGUAAUGGCCAAAAUUAAGGCUCGAGACCUUCGGGGCAAGAAAAAGGAGGAGCUGCUCAAACAGCUGGACGACCUGAAGGUGGAGCUGUCCCAGCUGCGCGUCGCCAAAGUGACAGGCGGUGCGGCUUCCAAACUUUCUAAGAUCCGAGUUGUUCGCAAAUCUAUUGCCCGUGUUCUUACCGUCAUUAACCAGACUCAGAAAGAGAACCUCAGGAAAUUCUACAAGGGCAAGAAGUACAAGCCCUUGGAUCUGCGGCCCAAGAAAACACGCGCCAUGCGCCGCCGGCUCAACAAGCAUGAAGAAAACCUGAAAACCAAGAAGCAGCAGCGGAAGGAGCGGCUAUACCCUCUGCGGAAGUACGCGGUCAAGGCCUGAGCAUCAUGGGUCAAUAAAGCACAAACUGGCUGACACUG